AUGAAGGCGAAGUGCAUUUUUGCCAUUUUCCUCGCGCAGUCAAGCGCCCAGAGCAAUUGCCCGGACUUAGAUCUACAGGCAAAAUGUGAAGGAAUUUGUGGUACAAAGUACUUUGAGUGUGUGGGGGACUGCAGUGGAGAUCAUAAUUGCGAGCUUCUUUGCUUGAAUGAUCUGCCUAUUUGUGCACUUGAUUGUCCCUGCGCUAUCAAUUGUCCUAACGGAUGCGACGGUUGUCCUAACGAAGUUUGCUCCUGCUACCAGCCUCAGAUUGACAGUCCUUUCUACAAAACUUGCAUCUCAGAAGCAAGUUCCACCUUUGACGGAUGUGUCAAAGGCUGCCCACUGAAUACAACAUGUCAUGAGGAUUGCUUCUCGGACUUUCAAGACGAAGCUGAGCGCUGCCCUUGUGCUGACUUGUGCCCCGACGGCUGUCCAUGCGAAAAUGGUUUCAAGUGCCAAGAUUAUGUGAUGAUUUUGGGCGACAGCGGGCUCAACAGAGUCAGCACUUUAGUCGCCAGUGAUGGAGAGCUUUCUGAUAACAGAUUUUACGAAACCCCUGCUGGAAAUACCAACUAUGGAUAUUUGUACCGAGCUGGCUAUGAAAUGCUAAAAGGAAAUCUCUACAUUUUUGGCGGAUCCGUGUCUGUUAAUCAGAUCAGCAUCCUUGUUGAUUGUGAGAUUAAACCCCUCACUGCUACUCUUCAAUAUGGCUUUCAAUCAGAUUCUGGUGCUAUCGCUACGCUUCCUGGAGUCAAAAACGAAAUUUUUCUUUGCUUCUAUGCUAGCCCGUAUACAAAGUGUGAAGAGUUUGACGGUGAGGCGUCAGAGCUCAAUCCAGCAAUCGCUCAAAAUAGCCAUCGAUAUGGAGCUCUUGCCGUCUAUGGAACUGGUCUUCUAGCCGUCGGGUCUAAUACUGCAAACGCGAGAAAUAAGGUCGAAUUACUGAACAUUGGUGGCGGAUGGCAAGAAGUUGCCGACCAUCCUCGAAGCAUUCAAAAUCCCGGCAUCGUAGCUGUUGAUGAAGGAGUCCUGACUUUGGGAGGUUACCAAUAUGACACGAGUCCAAAUGGAGCGAUAACUGAGGUCUAUCUUUUCAAAGAUUUGGAAUGGACAAUGGUUGGACGGCUCUCUCAUGCAUCGCACUACAACUCUGUCAUUCGUAACGGCAAAUCGAUAAUCAACGUUCCUGGAAUCGGAUCCCGAGUUGUUGAAUCUUUGGACUGGGAUGGUUACACUCUUGGUUUGUCUCAAGACAUCCUGGAGCUCCAGUUCAACAUCAACUACCCGAUUUUGUUCAAUGCAGCGCCUGAUGCCUGUGUCGACUCUUGCGAGAACUAUUGUUUCGUCUGA